AUGAGGGAGCUACAGAUUCAGUUAGAUGAGCUUUUAUCUCAGGAUUUUAUUCACCGGAGUCGUUCUCCAUGGAGAGCACUAGUCCUCUUUGUGAAGAAGAAGGACGACAAUAUGCGUUUGUGUAUAGAUUAUCUCAGAUUUUUGGGCCAUGUGAUUAGCAAGGAGGACAUUUCAGUUGAUCCAACCAAAGUAGAGGCAGUUCUUGAUUGGGAGCCACCGAAGAUCGUUACGGAGAUUCAUAGAUUUUUGGGUUUGGCCGGCUAUUACAGGAAGUUCAUUCAGGACUUUUCAAAGAUUGUUGCACCACUGACACACCUUAUGAAGAAGGGUGUUCAGUUUGUUUGGGGACCAGAGUGCCAGAAGGCCUUUAAUACUUUGAAGAUUAAGUUGACUACAACACCAGUGUUGAUCAUUCCGAGCAGUGAUAAGACCUUUGUCGUCUACACUGAUGCAUCGUUAUCGGGUCUAGGAGGCAUUUUGAUGCAGACCUAG